GAGAAGCCAGAAUUGUUUCAUGAUCCCUCUCAGCAGUUUCCAGAGUCCUUGUUGAAGCCUGCUGUGUGGUAUCACUAUUGAAGAGCUGUCCUGCACGGUCCUAGGAUGUGUGGUCAUUGCUGCUCAACGCCCUUAGUGGACCAGAUCCCUGCCAGCGUGAUCUCAUGCUUGGAUACCAAGGCGACCAUGGAGGCCGGCGGCCUGCCUCUGGAGCUGUGGCGCAUGAUCUUAGCCUACCUGCACCUUCCUGAUCUGGGCCGCUGCAGCCUGGUGUGCAGGGCCUGGUAUGAGCUGAUCCUCAGUCUCGACAGUACCCGCUGGCGGCAGCUGUGUCUGGAUUGUACUGAAUGCCGUCACCCCAACUGGCCCAACCAGCCUGAUGUGGAGCCUGAGUCCUGGAGGGAGGCCUUCAAGCAGCAUUACCUCGCCUCCAAAACAUGGACCAAGAAUGCCCUUGACCUAGAGUCCUCUGUCUGCUUUUCUCUGUUCCGUCGGAGGAGAGAACGGCGUACCCUCAGUGUUGGGCCAGGCCAUGAGUUUGACAGCCUGGGCAGUGCCUUGGCCAUGGCCAGCCUCUAUGACCGAAUCGUGCUGUUCCCAGGUGUGUACGAAGAACAAGGAGAAAUCAUCCUGAAGGUGCCUGUGGAGAUUGUAGGCCAUGGGAAGCUAGGCGAGGUGGCCCUGCUAGCCAGCAUCGAUCAGCACUGCUCAACCACACGCCUGUGCAACCUCGUCUUCAUGCCAGCCUGGUUCUCACCCAUCAUGUAUAAGACGACAUCAGGUCAUGUACAGUUUGACAACUGCAACUUUGAAAACGGACACAUCCAGGUGCAUGGCCCAGGUACCUGCCAAGUGAAGUUUUGCACCUUCAAAAACACCCAUGUCUUCCUGCACAACGUACCCCUGUGUGUCCUGGAAAACUGUGAAUUUGUGGGCAGUGAGAACAACUCUGUGACUGUUGAGGGUCACCCAUCUGCAGAUAAAAACUGGGCCUACAAGUACCUACUGGGACUUAUCAAGUCCUCUCCCAGUUUGAUCCCCACGGAAGACUCUGACUUUUUAAUGUCCCUCGACCUAGAGAGUCGCGACCAGGCCUGGAGCCCAAGAACUUGUGACAUUGUUAUCGAGGGCAGCCAGAGCCCUACCAGCCCAGCCUCUAGCUCCCCAAAGCCAGGCUCCAAGGCUGGCUCACAGGAGGCAGAAGUGGGUAGUGAUGGAGAAAGGGUGGCCCAGACCCCAGACAGCAGCGAUGGAGGCCUGAGUCCCAGUGGUGAGGACGAGGACGAGGACCAGCUCAUGUACAGACUGUCCUAUCAAGUACAGGGCCCGCGCCCUGUGCUUGGGGGCUCCUUUCUGGGCCCACCCUUGCCGGGAGCAUCCAUUCAGCUGCCUAGCUGUCUAGUGCUGAACUCGCUGCAGCAGGAGCUGCAAAAGGACAAGGAGGCCAUGGCACUGGCCAGCUCUGUGCAGGGCUGCCUCAUCCGCAAGUGCCUCUUCCGGGAUGGGAAGGGAGGUGUCUUUGUCUGCUCCUAUGGCCGGGCCAAGAUGGAGGGGAACAUCUUCCGGAACCUGACUUACGCAGUGCGGUGUAUACAUAAUAGCAAGAUCGUCAUGCUCAGGAACGACAUUUACCGCUGCCGGGCAUCAGGCAUCUUUCUUCGCUUGGAGGGUGGGGGCUUGAUAGCUGGCAACAACAUUUACCACCAUGCAGAGGCUGGCGUAGACAUCCGGAAGAAGUCCAACCCACUCAUACUGUGUAACCAGAUCCACCAUGGCCUUCGCUCUGGCAUCGUUGUCCUUGGCAAUGGGAAAGGCAUCAUCCGGAACAACCAAAUCUUUUCAAAUAAGGAGGCUGGAAUUUACAUCCUGUACCACGGAAAUCCAGUCGUGAGUGGGAAUCACAUCUUCAAGGGCCGUGCUGCUGGCAUAGCCGUGAACGAGAAUGGCAAAGGCCUCAUCACAGAAAAUGUCAUCCGUGAGAAUCAGUGGGGAGGUGUGGACAUUCGCCGCGGAGGGGUCCCUGUCCUUAGGAGCAAUCUCAUCUGCUUUGGCUAUUCGGAUGGUGUGGUCGUGGGAGACGAAGGCAAAGGGCUGAUAGAAGGAAAUACCAUCUAUGCUAACAAGGGCUGUGGUGUGUGGAUGAUGUCAUCCAGCCUGCCCCAUGUCACCAGCAACCACGUCAGCUACAACGGCCUAUAUGGAGUGGCAGUGUUCAGCCAGAAAGAUGGCUCCAGUGAGUUCCCAGGGGGCCAUGGGGCCCAGGAGAACUUCAGUGAGGAUGGGGACGCCAUCCUGUGGGAGACAGAGCUGGAGAAGGAAGACGACCCACUGCGCCGGCCCAUCACCAUAGCUCUCGUUGAGUCUAACAGUGUCAACCACAACGGAGCCUCAGGGCUCUAUGUCCAGAGCAGCGAGGCCCUGCACGUCGUCACCAACGUGAUCCACGCUAACGGGGACAGGGGCAUCACUGUUGCCCAGAGCAGCCAGCUCACGCGUGUAGCCAACAACAGCAUCUCCUGCAACCGCCAGAGUGGGGUCAAGGUGGAGGCCCAGUGCAAGGUGGAGCUCCGGGGCAAUGGUAUCUAUGACAACAGAGGCCAUGGCAUCAUCACCAAGGGCGACAGCACUGUCGUCAUUGAGAAUGACAUCAUUGGCAACCGGGGCAGCGGGCUUCAGCUGCUGCCCAGGUCUGACACUAAGGUCAUAAAGAACCGGAUCCACUCAUUCCGGGCCUACGGCAUUGCAGUGCGGGGCCGUGCCAGGGCGCUGGUGCAGGAGAACACCAUCUUCCAGGGCAAGACCAACAAGACCAUCUUUCAGCAGAUCUCAAACAACCAAGAUUGCAUCAUGCAAAACAACAAGUUCCUGGUCUUCAAGAAAAAAUCUGACACAUGGCGCCUGGUGAACCCACCAGCACGGCCCCACCUUGAAAACUCUCUCAGAGGCCCCUCUGCUGCCCACAGUGGGCAAAAGGUGACAGCCAUGGCAACCAGAAUCACAGCCCGUGUGGAGGGUGGCUACCACAGCAACCGCAGCAUCUUCUGCACCAUCCUGUGAGGAUAGAGACCUGCCUCAGUGCAGACCCUGCCAGUGCUAGAAGAGUUGAAAGGCGGCUUUUGGGAUGGACAGUGCCUGAGAAGACUCCAGGUCCCUCCCUCCCUCCCCACCCUGCUGAAGAAACAGGUCCUAGGCCCCCAGAGACAAAGUACAAGGCGCCUGCAAAUCCCUCCAGCUCCACAGCCCUCAGCCGGAAGGGACUUGGGAAUGUUUCCAAGGAGAAAAGGCAACAGAAGUUGGUGGGUUUCCAGUCAUAAUUCUUGUAGAGAUUCUGGAGUAGGGGAUAUCACAUGGUACAUGGAACUCUUUGGUCAGGACUUUGUUAAGGAAAUCAUGUUUUAUAAAUUCUGACCCUUCGUGGGGAAGAGCAGACUUACUCCUGAGAGAGGAAGUGAUUCCAGUGAGCUAGAAAUAGGUAAGUGCCUCUGAAUCUUCCCCUUUCCUAGACCUGUCCCUCUCAUCCUUCCCGCGUCUCCUCCCAACACACACACACACACACCCUUUCUGCUGCCUCUGGAGGCUGGAAGAGUUGAGUUUGGUCACUUGAGCCACAGUUCUCUAAGAUCUGGACAUGGACUAGUGAGGAAGGGGCUUAGGAUAGGGACCCCCUGUUGAAAGGCUGUCCCAAGGAUGAGGACAUGGUGAGCCCAGGAGAGGUGUGUGGCAGGCUUCCUCUUGGCAAUUCAGGUUGGUGCUAGGCUAGAGACUGGUGGAAUAGGGAUGCAAGAGGCUCACCCCAUCCUCAAGGAGCUCCCAAACUCAGAGGGACCUCAAUUUGGUGUCUGAAUAGGACUCCAAUCCAGUGAGCAUACCCACACUAGCUACCCGCUCCUGAGCACGGGCCUGUGCAGUUGGAGUUACCCAGGCCCCUCAUACCUGUCCAUGUUGUCAUCACUGACUGGUUUCCCCACUCUGUGCCUUGGCUCAUGCUCUGUUCCCUCCUGGCAUGCCCUUCUCUACUGUCUCUUAUGUCCAGGCCCCAGCCAUUUUCAGUUAGCUCAGACACUGCCAUCUCCCUGCAGCUCUCCUUCCCAUCCUUCUGAGCCUCAAUGACCCUUCCUCUGCUCCCUCUCAGGGUACUGAGCACUUUCUGCCUUGUUUUGGAACUAUCCAGGGCCCUGCCCUCUCCAGUCCACUUGCCUGGGAGCUCCCUGCAAAUAGGGUCACACCUUAUUCUUUACCCCUCCCCCAGCCUGGUGCCUGAGGAGAGGCAGGCCAGCUCCUAAAGGGCUGUACUGCACUGUACUGUGAACUGAGGUCCCCAAGCCAGGCGGGCUUGACCCCCCACUGCCUGAGGAAGGGGCUGGAUGCAGGGCUGGCUCAGCCUGAACAAUCCCCUCCCACUUGGCCUUUAUGCAGGGCCUCCACUAGCUUGCUGGGGUCACUGUCAUGCAUUCGGCAGGUGGUGUCCCAGGCUGGUCGUCAGGCCCUAGGUGCUGCUCUGUUGGGUGGGAUGGGACUGGGUAGAGGGAGCCAGGAGCAGUGGCUUCUCCCCUGAGGGCCCUGGGCACAGUGUACACUGGCCCCUCACUCCCCAGCAGUCCUUUGCACUUGUUUGGUGGCCUCAGUGUGAGUUGCUGUACAAAAUGCUGCCUUUAUUUUGUAAGAAAUGACUUUUCUGUGAACCAAAUACUUAUGAAAGUCUCAAUAACCAAAAUAAAGUUCUAUAUUUUAAAACAACCACUUUCAGUGGGAGCCUUUUACUUAGCCUGAGUAUAUAUAUACUGGCGUUCCCGGCACUGUUUUACCUGUCCCAGACGUAUUUCUGCUUCCUCCGAAGGAGACAGGAAACCCCAGGGACCAUCUUACCAGUCUAGCUUGCUCCCACAACCAUUCCGGAUUCAAGGCCAAAGAGCUGCAUCUCUGGCG